AUGCUUAUAUUUCCCGAAGCCUUAGUUUGUAUGUUAUUUGUCCCACCUAUGAGAUAAAAUCAAGCUGUCUUGAUAUAAGAUCUUAUCAAGUAAAACCAUUAUAAAGGAUAUGAACAUUCUUUUAAAUUUGUGCCUUAGGAAAUUAAUGUUCGUUCCUUCUAUAAUUUAUUAGUAUAUAUUUUUCUAAUAUUAGGCAAUUGAUUCUAAACAUUUCUCAUAAUUUGAUAAUCAAUUUUUAGAGUAAAAUAUGAAUCGUGAAUUGUUAAAAUGUUAUUUUGGGUUUGAAGUAGCUUUAAAAAAUGCACCAAGAUUUCCAACAAGAAGAUGGAUGUGGUAUAUUUAGAGGUGA